AUGGCAGGAGAACAGAAGUUCUCAGAAACAUCUGUCCAACUGACUGAAGCUGCUCCACAGACUGUGGGCAGUGGUUUUACUGCCCCGGGAAACAUUUAUUCAGCCAUUUUGAGUCGCAACGAGGCUGUUAAAGAUGCUAGGUGUCUCAAGGACUUUCAGGAGCUCAGAGACAAAUAUGUACGUAAGAAAGUGCUGUUUGAAGACCCCCUGUUCCCUGCCCAGGAUUCCUCUCUCUUCUACAGUGAAAAGUUCCCUCUAAAGCUUGAAUGGAAGCGCCCAUCGGACAUUUGUAGCAAUCCACAGUUCAUUCUUGGGGGAGCCAACAGGACAGAUAUCUGCCAAGGAGACCUGGGAGACUGCUGGCUGCUGGCUGCCAUUACUUGCCUGACCCUGAAUGAUAUAGUCCUGAAGAGGGUGGUUCCCCAUGACCAGAGCUUCACUGAAAACUAUGCUGAUACAUACUGGACGAACCCUCAGUUCCGCCUGGUUCUUCUGGAGGCGGACACUAAAGAGAAGACCUGUACGGUGGUGGUGGCAUUAAUGCAGAAGGACAGAAGAAAAGAGCGCUGCUCAGGUGCCAUCCUACACAACAUUGGCUUCGCCAUCUAUGAGGUUCCUAAUGAGAUGAAGGGCAACCAACAACAGCUGCCAAAGGACUUCUUCAUUUAUAAUGCUUCUACAGCUCGCUGCAAGUCCUAUGCCAACAUGCGUGAGGUAACGGAGCGUUUUUGCUUGAAACCGGGCGAGUAUGUCAUUAUCCCAUCCACCUUUGAUCCCCACAAGGAGAGCGAGUUUCUGCUCCGAGUCUUCUCUGAGAACAGGAGCACCUCAGAGGUUAUAGAUGCAGAGAUUGAGGCGGAGUCUGUGAUGGAUGAUGUCAAGAAGAAAAUCAAGCCAUUUGAGGAGGAGGAGACUGAAGAGGAAAAGCAGUUCAAAGCCAUCUUUCAGCAGUUAGCUGGAGACGACAUGCAGAUUAAUGCCAAUGAACUCAGAACUGUCCUUAAUAGAGUGGUUGCCAAACAUAAAGAGCUGAAAACAGAGGGGUUCAGUCUGGAGAGCUGCAGAAGUAUGAUUGCACUUAUGGAUACUGAUGGAACAGGCCACCUAAACCUGCAAGAGUUUAAACACUUAUGGAACAAGAUUAAAAAGUGGAAGCUGGUGUUCACACAUUUUGACACAGACAAAUCCAGUACGAUAAGCAGUUUUGAGAUGAGGAACGCUCUUACUGAAGCAGGUUUUCAACUCAACAACCAGCUGUAUGACAUUAUUUGCAUGCGAUACGCCAACGAACACAUGGAGAUGGAUUUUGACAGCUACAUUAGCUGCUUAGUGCGACUUGAGGGAAUGUUCAGGGCAUUCAGAGCCUUUGACAAGGAUGGAGAUGGCAUUAUCAAGCUCAAUGUUUUUGAGUGGCUUCAACUGACCAUGUAUGCCUAAAGACACAAACACAUAAGAUAAACCUGGUGGAAAGUUUCCCGUUUUCAACCCAUUAAGUGGAGAAAGAUCUGGAUUCGAAUCAAUUGUACUGUACACCACUGUGGCUUCUUUCUUCAGCAAAUGCGGGUCUAGAACAAACUGGUUUGAUUAUGAGCUACUGAAUGGACCAUGACAGCUCAUUUAGAUCUUGUAAAACACUUAUUUGAUCGACUGUAUGUUUAAGGUGACAGAAUGUUGUCAUAUUAAAUGUCAUGCCAAAAAUGACACUCAUUUGAACCCAUCCUUGAAAAAUGUGUGUGCUACUGUAAAUAAUUCAACUAAAUAAAGUGUUCAACUUCAAACGGUUCUAUUCCAGUUGUUAUCAUAGCCAUGAUUUUCAGAGCAUAAACAAACAGCACAAAAUAGUACAAUAAAUGUGACCCUGAACCACAAAACCAGUCAUAAGGGUUUUAUGAUUACAUUUAUUCACAAUUAACCUCGAGUAUAAACAAAGCUUCUUGUGCUGGAGUAGCAAGAACACAGAUAAUAAAAACAAGUUAAACAACCAAUUAUUUUGAACAUUUUAAAAUAUUAUUUAGAUUCCUGUGAAUAAAACAACUAUAAACCUCUGAGAGCAAGAAUGAAUAUGUUAGUUUGAUGUCUUGUAAGCAUGAUUAACUGAACUGAUGAUUCCAUAUUACUACACUACUUACUGUACUAGGCAAAGAAUGAACAUAUUCAACUGAUGCUUUUUUGAAAGUCUUUUAACGGACCUGAAUCUUCAGAUGGAUGGAAGCUUUGCUGGACUCCGAGAUCUCCUUUCAUGCAAAAACUUUCGAGCAAACUUUUUUUUUUUGUGUCAAGAUA